AAUUCGGGGCACAAUGCAUUUCUCAUCUGCAUACUGGCUCUGAUGUCACUCCUAUUCUCUUCGUACCUGGAGGGUCUGUCCUGGUGUCCCUCCCUGGCAAGCGGCCAGCAUCAGGGGGACAAUGGUUAAUCACCAGCCAUUAACAGGUAAUUGAAGAACUUUUCUUUGGCAGUGAAACUGACUUACAACAACUGGUCUGACUUGUUUUUAACUCUGCCACCUAAAAAGAAUCGAUAGCUUUCUAUUCAUAACAAGAGAGAGCUACAGCCCCUCCUGCCAGCCCAGAUCUCCGGGUCAAUCUGCCCUUCCCGAGAGAAGGCUCCACUCCUCCCCCUUCUCCUUGGCCAUAUCUUGUCUCUCUUAAGUAUCGGUAGCUGUUAUCUCUUUAGCAACAAAUGGGAGAAAAUUCCCUGAGAGGAAGAAACAAAAGGAAAAAUCCUAACCCAAAACAACAACAAAUGACAGCAAAGAAAGUGUAAUAAUCAAACCUCAUAAUUUAACGAUGGGAUCACAAUUCCAGGGAAGUCCAGCCUGCACAGGUGUGCAAAGCUGGGGAUCAAAGCUGCAUGUCCCAGACAACUCCACAUGCCCAGGGAAGGAUGUGAGCACUAAAGCCAUGUGGAGUGAAAGGAUUUGAGAGGACAAGGUGUCAGACAUGCCAAGAGUGCAAAAGGAACUGGUCAUGGGUAAAGUGGAACUGGUCAGUGAGCUUGGCCAAGGCAGAGGGUUCAUGCGGGUGUGUGCAAAGCCACCUGGCAGCAGCUGCCCUUGCAUCCUACUUUAUUUGUGCUCAGCUGGUGCCUUCCAGAGUGAUGUGACAAAGCAGAGUGGAAUGCCUUGCAUUCCCUGUGACUGGGAAUAAGGCCAUCAUCCCUCGACACAGGAAGAGCUGCCUGGAGAACAGAGGCAGGAUGCCAAGCCCAGCACACGCUGUUUCCCAUUUACCAGCUGAGCAGUCGAGGUGGCACGUGCCCUGCACACAUCUCCACCAUGAACCCAUGCAGUAAGACAGAACUGGGCAGACAGAAGGGCAGGAGACAAACCUCCCCCUUGCCCAGAAUGCAGCUUGGACACCCAGAGCAUGGCCACUGCUCUGUGGCUGGUGUCCCCAGGUGCCAUCCCAAGGGGCUGCAGGUGCCUGUGGGGCCAUGGCCCAAGAGGGCUCUGAGCAUCCUGCACAGGGAGAUACAGACUCCUCCAGCACUCAAGGGCUCUUAUCACCCACCUGCAGCUGGGCUGAGGGAGAGGAGAUGCAGCAGACCCUGUGAUGUAAACAGGACUGGGCACUGCAGGAGCAGGAGGAAUUGCCAAAUUCAGGUGUUGGAUGAGGUCCCACAUGGGCUGGCAGCUUCAGGGCAUGGGAGGUCAUUGCCCAGAUGAUGGGAGGGGGAAGCUUGGUGGCAGAGCCCCAGGUCUGCUCUCCAGCCCCUCUGGACUGUGCCUUGCUCACUCAAACAAGCUGGAAGUGCUGGGCAAGCUCAGUCCAGCCAUGAGUGGAUGAGGGGAUCAGAGAAGUGGGAAGCAGACUGAAGACCUUCAAACCCAUCUCAAACCUGCUUUCCUGGAGCCAACCUGCAGGCUGAGCAGCAGUGAAUCCUGUCUCCUCUCCUGUUGACUGACCAUGGACAUGCUGGCAUCCAGGAUGGAGACAGUAGACAGUGAGACCCUGAUUGAUGAGGUGGAGGAGAUGAGUGGAAGAGCUGACGUGACUCUGGACCCAGACACCGCCAACCCUUUCCUCAUUCUGGCCAGUGACCAGCGAGGGGUGGGACGGGGGGACGAGUGGACCCUGCUGCCCAACAACCCCGAGCGGUUUGACACGGAGCCGUGUGUGCUGGGCAGCCAGGGCUUUGCCGCGGGGAGACACUGCUGGGAGGUGGAGGUGGCCGAGGCAGGGGACUGGUGGGCAGUGGGAGUGGCCCAGGAGUCUGUCAGGAGGAAGGGGGUCCUCAGUUUUACGCCCCAGGAGGGGAUCUGGGCCGUGGGGCAGUGGUUUGGCCAGUACCAUGCUUUCAGUGAUCCUGACUGGACCCCACUGCACCUUACCUGCCUCCCCAGGGCCAUCCAGAUCUGCCUGGACUUCACAGACAAGCAGGUGACUUUUGCUGAUGCUGAGAGUGAAGCCCCAAUCUUUGCUUUCUGCCUGGCCUCGUGUGCUGGGGAGAGGCUGCGCCCGUGGCUCUGGGUGGGGAUGGACUCGUGGCUCAAGCUGUGCCCCUGACAGGGAGGGAACAUGGAGGGCAGGGAAGAGACUGGAAAGGUGAACGCCAUCACCUUAGGUCUUGGUGCUGGGAACUGGGAGGGUCCUGCAUCCUGUUGGCUUCUCCUCGUGUGGAUCCUCUGGCCACCAAGGAGAGGACUAGCAGGUCAUGGAAGUGGAUGCCACAACAGAGCCUCCUUCAUCCCCCCACCCCUCAGCUGGGACUGCAGGGACAACAGGGAGCACAAAGACUGGGUGCAGGGAGGAGCUUGGUGCCCGGUGGUCCCAUAGCAGGGACCAUCACUGAGUGCCAGGGCACUGCAGAGCUGCUCUGUACAAGGCCAUGGAAAAUAUAGCAGGGUCCAGCUUCUCCAAGGGUGCUGUCAUAGUGCCUCUGGCUUUUUUCAAUUAAGUUAAAAAACCCCAAACAUAGCUGGAUACUCAAGAUAACACUUAUCUUCCCCACACAUCCAGAGCCUGUCCUUGCCUGAUGUGCACUAAGCGCAUUUCUUGCAGCAGAGCACUGGUAGCAGUGCAGGGGCAGCAGUAGGGGCAGCCCAGGAAGGAAAGCACAAUGCUGAGCUGCGUCUGAAAUCCACAGGAGAGGCAGAAAUCCACAAGAAUGGCCACAGAUCUGCCGUUCUCUGAUAUCGCCUCAUCAAGGUCCCACCUCACAGGAUCCUGCUAAAUCGUGUCCUUAGGAGAGGAGAAAGUGGAUGUAGGUGAAGGGGGACAUUGCCUGGGUCCAGGCUAGAUUUCAUCUCUGAACACUUUUCUGGUUGGACCUUCUUUGCUGCCACUUCAGUUGUCAUUGCUGUGGUGGCAUCUGGGCACAGGCAGCAACAUUGCUCCCCCUGCUCUAUUCCAGGAGCUGCAGAGUUGCAGCACUGGGUCAAGCCCAGGUGUUGCCCCCAGAGCUCUGCCCUAAGCCUCUUCCACUGUGGUAGCAUCAAGACUGGGGAAACUCAGGGUUCUCUGCUCCCAGUGAGGCACUUCCUACUCUCCAUGGGCAGGAGCCUCUGAAACUGUCCUAAUUUUGCUUGGGUUAGAGUUAACUUUCCUCUCAUGGUCAGCACACUGCUGGGUUUGGGAUUUAGGGUGAGAAUAAUAUUGGUAGCAACAACCAAACCAUCAGUCACAUGAUGCUUACCCUGCCUUUUCAGUCGCUCAUGCUCUGCCAGUGAGGAGUUGCACAAGAAGCUGGGGGGGAACACAGCCCGGACAGCUGACCCAAACUGGUCAGAGAGAUAUUCCACACCAUAAAACAUCCUGCCCAGCAUGUAAAACUGGGGGGAGCUUCUGGUGAGGGGCUGCUGGGAGACAGGCUGGGCACAGAUCAGCAGGUGCUGAGCACCUAUACUGGGCAUCACUUGUUCCACUUGGAGUUUAUAUUUUUUUUCAUUACAAUUAUUAUUAUCAUUAGUAUUAUUACAUAUUACUUUAUCACAAUUAUUAAGCUGGUUUUACUUCAAAUCAGAAGUUUUUUUCCCCCCAUCCCCCUUGGAGGGUGGUGUGACUGAGUGGCUGUGUGGUGUUUAGUUGUCAGCUGGGGUUACACCAUGACAGAGGUUCACAGCAGAAGGUUGGUGUAUAGAGAUGGCAGAUUGUUAGUUCUGUAUUUUUGUCCUUUGUCAUGCAAAACAUCCCAAAAGAGUUGUGCUGUGCAUUUACGGGCACCUACCUCAAUCAAGAAGAAGAAGAAAUUCCUUUCUGAAAGCCAACUUAGUCCCUCAGACUGGAGAGAAGUUGGGUUUUUUCAACAGACUGGUGUCUGGGAACUUCUUCACUGGAAUUUUGUGGUUUGGAGGGAGUAAAUAUUUUGCUCUGGUUUCCUUUUUGAUGUGUCCCCCAAAAAUUAAAUUUUAAAACUUUAAAAACA